GAGGGGUUGUUUUUAUCCCUAGCAAAGCAGGGUCUGUAAAGUUUUGCUGUUUGCCUAUUAAUAUGGCAUCAGUGCGCUUGCCCAGAAUGUGCUGUUAUGUGGAUGACACUGGCACUAGUUUAGUCCUGAGUUUCAAACCCACGUUGUGUCAUUCAGCAAGUGUCUGCAGUGCAGUGGUGGGACUGGGUGUCAUGGGGUUCUGUUAUUAUCGCAGUUAUGCCAAGAAGGAGCAACAGUUUGUGAGAAUGGCCAGGACAUUGAAUUUGGCCACUUUCCUGGGGACAUCAGGUUUAUUGCUGCGCUCUCUCAUUUGGCUGUGUGCUCCAGAGUUUUUAUUCAGCCAGAAGACUUGGUUCCCCAGAGCUGUUUGUGUGCUCAUUUCAACAUGGAUCCAUUAUUUCUAUUCUGUUCUGUUCUGGGCAUUUUUCUGCUUCUCUCUGGAGAUAGCUCAGCUGUUCAGCCCCAAUCCAGAGAGGUUCAGAAAACUAUAUGCAUUUGUAUGUUGGGGGGCCCCAAGUCUGCUAUGGCUUCAUGGGUUCCUAAUUCUUGGGCUUCCUAAUACACCUGAAGACAGCUGUGACUCUAAACAAAGCCUUGUGCUGUUCCAUGAUGUUCUUGUGUAUAUCCCCUUCAUGCUUGCAUUGCUGGGAAGUCCAUUGCUUCUACGACACACCAUCACGAAAGUGCCAGUUGUGCUGAGGAUGAGGUGUGGGAUAUACACCAGCAGUGAGCGUUUCAGGGAGCACAGUUUACGCAGAAGGUUUAUACAGAUCUGCAGCGCUUUCAUAACCUGCUGGAUUUGCAACAUUGUAUGUGAUUUUCUGCUGCUUCUAGUGGAGCUUCAUGGGGGUUCACAGGCUCCCCAACAGAUGAAGGUGGCAGCUCUGACAUUAUGGGUCAUUAUGGGUAUAAUGAACCCCAUGUAUUGCUGUCUUCAUUCUUUGGCUUUUCUUGAUUGGAGGAGCGGAGGAACUCUCGGUCAUAUCUCCACCUGUGACAGUAGCUCAAAGGAGGAUUAUUCAGGGUCUUUACAGGAGAAGAGGCACUUGCUGAAUAUGGAACAAGCUCAGGCCAUAGCGAAGAUGACCUUGCCAAACAUAUCAAAACUUAUGGAUCUGUGGGCGUCUGCCAGUGAAUGAUGGAACUGAUACGCCAGAGACUGAAUUUGGUUCCACUGCUCCCCUCCUGCCCCAGGAAUGGCUCUGGAUGUCUUUUAUAACAUGAAGAUCUCCAAACAGAGCUACUGACUUUACUCCCGGCUAUGCCUACUGUAUCUGGCAAAUGUUGCUCAGGCAUGGGCAGCUGACAGUCACAGGGUUGAUGCUGCAACUUGUAGUAUGCUAUAAUCAGAAGGACUGCAAGUUGCUCUUCAUUGAACCUCUUAAAACCACAUGACUUCUUUUGAAUAAAUAAGUGCAUGGUUUGUAUUCAUUACAUGAAUGGACCAAUAAAAAUUAACUUA